UGCUAAAGAGUUCUCAGCCUUAUAGUUUCUGCCCUUGUCUCUGCCUCCAGCUCCUUAAGAGCCACCCAGCCCCAGCGAUUGGAUUGGGCAGCCCGUCUUGACACACCACUGUGCUCAGUGCUUGAGGACGUGUUUCAACAGAUGGUUGGGGUUAGUGUGUGUCAUCACACUCGAGUGGGGAUUAGGGGAGAGAGGCAGCCUUGCUGGAGCUGUGUGGUCUUCCCCAAGUGUGAGCUGCAAGCAAAAGAAGAACUACCUAGCCUUGAGGGAGAAGAGGGAGGAAUCGUUUCCAGCAGCUCAGAGGGAAAAUUAAAACCCCACACUUUGUUCAGGGGGGAAAAAAGACUGAACUGAGAAAGAGUGGAAAAAUAAUGACAAUAUUUCUUUCUUGUAUUCGAAAAAGGUUUUGUUGAUAAUAAAUUCAGUGAGCAGGACAUACAGACUUCUGUUCAAUGCUAUGAAAAUUAACCAAGGCACAGGAAAAUCUUCAAAGGGCUCCUCCUACAGAUGUUCUGAACACGUCUUGCAAUUUUCUGCUGCACCCAGGUCUUGAAAACUACUGCUCAGGCACUUCUGCAUCAGUCUUUUCAUUAAAAUACUGGAACUACUAUGAAGUCUUCUUGGUUUGCACUCAUCUUGGCAAUGCUCAGUACUGAACUGCUAACAAGUCACUGUUCCACCAUCAAGUCCCAGAGGUUCAGAGGACGUGUGCAGCAGGAGCGAAAAAAUAUCAGACCAAAUAUCAUUCUUGUGCUCACAGAUGAUCAAGAUGUGGAGCUAGGAUCCUUGCAAGUGAUGAAUAAGACCAGACGGAUUAUGGAGAAUGGAGGGGCUUCUUUUAUCAAUGCAUUUGUAACCACCCCAAUGUGCUGCCCAUCGCGUUCCUCCAUGCUCACUGGGAAGUAUGUGCACAACCACAACAUAUACACCAACAAUGAAAACUGCUCUUCUCCCUCAUGGCAGGCUACUCAUGAGCCACGUACCUUUGCCGUGUAUCUCAAUAACACUGGAUAUAGAACAGCUUUUUUUGGGAAAUACCUCAAUGAGUACAAUGGCAGCUACAUCCCUCCUGGUUGGAGAGAGUGGGUUGGAUUAGUGAAGAACUCUCGCUUCUAUAAUUACACCAUUUCUCGCAAUGGUAACAAAGAGAAGCAUGGAUUUGAUUAUGCAAAGGACUACUUCACAGACCUAAUCACUAAUGAGAGCAUUAAUUACUUCAGAAUGUCUAAGAGGAUAUAUCCCCAUAGGCCCAUAAUGAUGGUCAUCAGCCAUGCUGCACCCCAUGGCCCCGAGGAUUCAGCACCACAGUUCUCAGAGCUCUACCCCAAUGCUUCACAGCAUAUCACUCCCAGUUAUAACUACGCACCAAACAUGGAUAAGCACUGGAUCAUGCAGUACACAGGGCCCAUGCUGCCUAUCCACAUGGAGUUUACAAAUGUCUUGCAGCGCAAAAGACUUCAGACCCUGAUGUCAGUUGAUGACUCUAUGGAAAGAUUAUACCAAAUGCUGUCAGAGAUGGGAGAACUGGAGAAUACCUACAUUAUUUACACUGCUGACCAUGGUUACCAUAUCGGGCAGUUUGGACUGGUCAAGGGGAAGUCAAUGCCGUAUGACUUCGAUAUUCGAGUUCCUUUCUUUAUUCGUGGUCCAAGCGUAGAACCAGGAUCAGUAGUGCCUCAAAUAGUUCUGAAUAUUGAUCUUGCUCCAACAAUUCUGGAUAUAGCAGGACUUGACACACCACCAGAUAUGGAUGGCAAAUCUGUCCUAAAGCUUCUCGAUUUGGAGAGACCAGGAAACAGGUUUCGAACAAACAAGAAGACCAAAAUUUGGCGUGACACAUUUCUGGUGGAAAGAGGCAAAUUUCUACGCAAGAAGGAGGAGCCCAACAAAAACACUCAGCAGUCUAAUCAACUACCAAAAUAUGAGAGAGUAAAAGAAUUAUGCCAACAAGCAAGAUACCAAACAGCGUGUGAACAACCAGGACAGAAGUGGCAGUGCACGGAGGAUGCUUCUGGCAAACUUCGAAUUCACAAGUGCAAGGUGUCUAGUGACAUACUUGCCAUCAGAAAAAGGACCCGCAGCAUACACUCCCGGGGAUACAGCGGUAAAGAGAAAGACUGCAAUUGUGGAGACACUGAUUACCGAAACAGCAGGACCCAAAGAAAAAAUCAAAGACAGUUCUUGAGACACCCUAGUGCACAAAAAUAUAAACCCCGAUUUGUUCACACUCGCCAAACUCGGUCCUUGUCUGUGGAAUUUGAAGGCGAAAUAUAUGACAUAAAUCUGGAAGAGGAAGAACUGCAGGUGUUAAAGAGCAAAAGUAUCACCAAGCGCCACAAUGCUGAAAAGGAGGAAGAAAGAAAGGAAAUCGAUGGAGCUGCCAGUGACGUAAUGAUUGCUGAUGGCACUGAUGCUAUAGGUCAACCCAACUCUGUCAGAGUGACGCACAAGUGUUUUAUUCUUCCAAAUGACACUAUUCACUGUGAGAGGGAGCUGUACCAAUCCGCCAGAGCCUGGAAGGACCACAAGGCUUACAUUGAUAAGGAGAUUGAAGCUCUUCAAGACAAAAUUAAGAAUUUGAGGGAAGUUAGGGGACACCUAAAAAGAAGAAAACCAGAUGAAUGUGAUUGUAGUAAACAGAGCUAUUACAACAAAGAGAAAGGUGUAAAGGCCCAAGAGAAACUCAAGAGCCAUCUUCAUCCCUUCAAAGAAGCAGCACAAGAAGUGGAUAGCAAACUGCAGCUCUUCAAAGAGAACCGGAGAAGGAAGAAGGAAAGGAAGGGGAAAAAGCGCCAGAAGAAAGGAGACGAGUGUAGCCUUCCUGGAUUGACAUGUUUUACCCACGACAACAACCACUGGCAAACAGCACCGUUCUGGAACUUGGGCUCUUUCUGUGCUUGCACAAGCUCAAAUAACAACACUUACUGGUGUUUGCGAACAGUUAAUGACACGCACAAUUUUCUCUUUUGUGAGUUUGCAACUGGCUUCUUGGAAUAUUUUGAUAUGAACACUGAUCCCUAUCAGCUGACAAAUACAGUGCACACAGUGGAGAGAGGCAUUUUGAAUCAAUUACACAUACAGUUAAUGGAACUGCGAAGUUGUCAAGGUUAUAAGCAGUGCAAUCCAAGACCAAAGGGACUUGAAACAGAGGACAGCUAUGGGAUGGAUGGGAAGGCUAAUCUGCCCAGUUUCACUGGUGACAUCAACUGGCAAGGACUGGAAGACUUGUACAGUGUGAAUGAAAGUGUAUAUGAAUACAGAUACAACUAUAGACUUAGUCUGGCUGACUGGACUAAUUACUUGAAGGAUGUAGAUAGAAUGUUUGCACUGCUGAACAGUUACUACCAGCAAAAUAAAACAGACAAGGGUAAUGCUGCUCGAAGCAGCGGGGAUGGGGGCAAAUCAUCCGUGCCGUUUAACUUGGUGGAAAUGACUUCUGCUGAAGAAUCGAGCGGCCUCCCUGCAGAAGAGCUGCAACUUAUUGUGCCAACAGACUUUGCAGCCCUCACUUUGAGCACAGUGAAUUUAAGUCAAGAGAAGAAACUUGAAUUAAACAAUGAUAUUCCUGAGAAAAGUAGUUUGAAUGACGCACACUGGAAAAAUACUCAUCAAGCUGAAAAAUGGAUGGAGGAUAAAGAGUCGGACCGUUUUGAUAUGGAUUUCAGUGGAAAUGGUUUGGUAGAGUUGGAAUCCCGGCAUAGUUUCAUGCUACAACCCAUCAGUAUUCCUCAAAAAGACACUCAUCAGGACAGUUAUGAUGUGGAAGAUAUAUUUGAAGAUCAAAUAUAUCUUCCUAUGAGGUCUGAUGAACCCCUUGUUCAUCAGGCUUUAAACACAUCCGUUAGGGAUCCAUCUAUUCGUGCCCAGAAAACAGGAACUUCCUUGAAAAAGACAGAAAAGAGUCUUGUAGGGGAAACUUCACAAAUCCUAAAUGUAGAGGGCAGUGCCUCAGCUCCACUCUCCUUGGAUUAGAUCAAGUUAUAAACCAUUAAAUCAGUUCUUCUUAGUAGCAAACUAAUAAAGGUAAUCAUGACAAGUGACAUUCCAUGUUUAUUGUAGAUAUGUUUGCAGCUAAACUGACCCCAGUUCAGUAUUUGUCUGUGUGCAUUUGUUUUAUUCACACGUACAUAUUUCCACAGUAAUUCUCCCAACAGGGAAGCAAGAUUUCCAGUGGGAUUUGGAUGAAAAGAAACAGUGUUAACUUUCAAAUACAGUAGCAGAUUCUCCAAAAGUUAAAAUUAUUUCUUUGACCAGGAUGUUCAAGAUACUUUUUCUGUUUCCGAAUGAUCCCACCAGGAAUGAAUGUUUCAGUCCACCCAAUCUGUCUGUAUGAAGUCUUUUUCAUAAAUUAUUUUAACCACUGGAAAUUCCUGAUGUCACACUUUUGAGUAAAAUGCACUUUUGAACUCCGUAUGCCAUACCAUUUAUGAAUCUAAGACCUUACGUGUUCUUAGUUUGCUCAUUGUCUCAUGUAACUGUGAAACAAUAAACAGAAUGAGAGGAAAGAGGUAAUCAGCAUGAUUGUGGAAACAGACACUUUGAAUAUUAUGUUAUCAAAAAUAUUGUACAUUUUUGUUACGUUGAUUUAAUUAAAUUUACUCUCAGAAAGGUAUGGCUAAUGAUUGUUAACUGUAGGAGGAUUUGCUUAAAUUGGAUUGUUUCCCUAUAUGUUGAUAUUGUCAGUAUUAAAAAUCCAUGAGGUUUUUUUGAGGUUUUUUUUUUUGCUGAUAUUCGUAGAAAGGUUUCCAUCAAUCCAUACGUGUUUCUGUCACCACAUCUGAUUUUUAUUAUCCUGAACAAUAUCUUGACAGCAUGAUUAUCAUUUUGAGACUUAAACUUUUUUUGUUUUGAACAGUCAUUAAAGGGAAUGAUAAAAUCAUGUUAGAUUUACAUUAUCUUAGAUACAAAAGGCACAUGACAUAAAAAAUAGUAGUUUAGAUAAUUUUUGUUGUUGUAUUCUAAAUUUUUUCUUGAAUUUACCAAACAUUAAAUUUUAUUAAGUAUAAUACAAAAAUGACUUUGAAAUCUGUAUUACUCAAAACUUAAUAUCUUCCCUUGCUUUUUUAUACAUUUCUAAAUAAUUAGCACAACAACAACAGCAGGGAAUUACCUCAAAACAGAUGUAAUUCCAUAGUGUCCAAUUCACAGGUGUGUUUCCUAUCUGUUACAUGUUAUUUAGUGUAGUAAUUAUUUUUUGGCUAUUGCAAGCACUGCAGGUUAAACUUACAUUCGUCGCGUUGUAUUCUAAGCUGAAACUUUUUUUAAAGGAGGUUCUUUUAGUAGGAUUUUAAUAAUUUUAAGAAGCCGUCUUUUUGAUGGACUUUGUACAUAUGUUAAAAUUACUAGCUCUUUGUCUGAUGUAUGUGUCAUGGGCUGAUUGAUAGAAAAGCGUAUUUAUGGUCAUGAAUGAUGCUAUUUGUACAUAGGUUUUAAGUUACUAGGAUACAGACUGUGUUUUUAAAACUUGUAUAAUAUUUCUGUGAUACUUUUAUAGAACAAUUCUGGCUUCAGGAAAGUCUAGAAGCAAUAUUUCUUGAAAUAAAAAGUGUUUUACUUUACCUGCUUCGUAGAAGUCCAGAUGAUCCAGUUUUCCUCCUAAUUGAGAUUUAUUUUAAAAAUAUGUUAAUAGUUGCAGUUUUUUAAGAAUCCAUCCACAUUUAAAGCAAUGGGUGAUUAAAUAAUACGCCACCUUCUGUUAGUUAUAAAUUAUUCCUGGAGAUUGUGAAUAAUAUAUAUUUUUUUGUUUAAGACAUGCUGUGAUUUUUCUUUUAAUUCCCAAUUCAUCCGAUCCUUUUUUCCUUGGAGUCAAUGCACCGAGCUGCACAACCAGAGGUUCCCAGAAGUAACAUGAUGUUACAUGGUGCCAUCCCCUGCUUGCUGCUUUCCCUUCUCCCUGCAAAGCUCUCCCUGUGACAGCAAAGUACAGCAGACUGGAUGCACAGGGCUUAACAAGAAUGGACCACAGCUCUCUAGUCAGGAGCAGUGCCUUCUCACACAAGUCUUCAUGAAAGGAAAUUUAGCUUCUUCAACAGUUGUCUCCUUCUACACAGUCCUUGGGCACCAGUGCUCCUGCAGACCUGAACUUACAAGUGAUGUUUGUGGGAAUCGGGAAAAGGGAUCAAGCUAUGUGUUCAAAAUGCAGUCAUUGCAAUGCCAGAUAGACCCCUGAGAGACAGCUAUCCAUGGAAAACACACUGGCAAACACAAGAUAUGUUUCAAACCUGGGUGCAGAGCAGGCUGAGACAGCAAGUUUGGGAGGACUUUAAGGACAAAGGGAAGUUGAAGCAAAGUCCUUACAACUGUCUCACAUCUUUGUGCAGGGAAUUAUCCAGCACCAACCAUGUGCCAUCCCUUCUAUUAAAGUACACUUCUUUGAAAGAACCAAACCAGAUGUUUUCUUCUCUCUUACUGCUUGGGGAGAGAUAGAGAAGGGAAUGACUCUAUAGUGUGGUCCAUCCAUUCAUCCCACCUGUCCUUCCUUGUUAUGUGAGAACUUAAAACUACUCAGGGAAUGGAAGAGAUAGCAUCUCCCUUAGCUUCAAAGUGAUCAACCUUCCUUCUUCCAGCACACUGCCCAGUCUUCUAAACUAUCUGAAGCUUAUCGAGUGCACUGUCUUCUAAAGGUGAGAGCCUUUUUUACAGCUCUCUCAUAGGAGUGUGGAGGAAAAAAAAUACAAGAGACUCAUUCUGUAGCCAAGUACAGGGAACAAUGAUGUCUGAUGAGCCACACAACAGUGCCUCUCCUUGGCCUCUGCACCACCCCACUGUGCUUCCAACGCCUGCCAAGGCAGCUCAUUUAUUCAGUUUCCAACUGAAUCAAUGAUACCCUUGAUGUGCUAGAAAUCUAUGGAUGAUAAUUUAAUCCGAAGCACAUUCCUUGGUUUAACAGUCUUAGUCUUGGACAUCGGUGACAUUGAGAGUGAUCUGCAAGAUGUUUUUUCUGUGUGGUUUUGUGUAUUGAAAUUAAAGAGAUAAGUCUUAUUUUGAACUUGAAAAUCAGAGAAGAUCCAAAUCCCACAGAUUUCUCUGCCAUCCAUGAGCUGCUCCUCCCUGGUCGUGCACAUCGUCUGAAAGCACACUGCUGGCUGAAGACUAUAAUCUGGUAGGUGGUGUGCACCUGGUAGGUGUUGUGCACACCACCACAGUUUCUGACUGUGGUGUGAAACCAAAUGAACUUGUAUACCUCAGAAAGGCAAACUACGUCCCUGAAUCAAUGCGGCUUCAGCUGCCUUGUGGCAUUUGGUCAUUGGGGGAGGGGGGAGGGGGCUUGUGGUAUUCACAAUACACCAAGAAGUGAGGAAGUUUCAUAGAAACAAGUUACAGCUAAUCCAGCCAUGAAAAAUGCUCUACCAUCAAAACACUUCAAGUAUAAAGGCUCGCUAAUGAAACAUGCCUAGAAAAAUAUAUUCAACUUCAGCCUGCUGUUGUUUUGAUCUUGAAAGACCGGGCUGCCUUGGGACAGAAUUUCCAUCCAAGUAUACACCUAUACUUUUAAAUCAAAGUGAGUCCAGAGAGUAGAAAACCUCGCUCCAACACAAAACUGUUUGAACAAGGUCACACCCACACUGCUAAACCAGGUGGGAUCCAUCCACCUUAUGUAGCUCUUAGCCCUGGGUCUCCCCUUGGCUCUGUGCUGAUGUUCCUGUGGGCCCAAAAAAUAACUUCCAUUUGUUUACAUUUUUAAAUGUCUGUGGUAACACAGGGCCUGUUGUGACCACCAGAGCCCUUACGGUGUGGGACUGCUCUGUGUGCUGCAGCUCGCAUGGGGACGCAGGGCUGCCUGACGCACACAGCCUGUGCUGUUGGGUGGCUGUGGGAACCAAACCUGGCUCAGCCGCUUCUGACACGUGGGAGCUCUUAGCCCUUCCCUGCAAACCACAGAGAGAGGCUGUUGGUGUAGUUCAAAUCAGAGUCAAGGAGUAAACUAAGCACUAAGCUGUGUGGAUUUCAGGAGUCCAGUCCUUGGGUUCGUGCCCUGGCCCUCUUGUAUGGAUGCACUUAGACUUGUAUCCUAUGUAUUUUUUCCAACUGUCAAUAUCUACUUUAAACAAAUUCAUAUUUCUUAGUAUAUAACUAAUAUCAAUCAAAUUUACUACUAGAGCAAAUGGUGGAAUUUCAGUUUAUUUCUGCAUGACCAAUACUUAGUUGUGAUUCGGUGGUCACUGAAUUCAGUGGAGAGGUGUGUUUUUGUCUGAGUACUCACUAAAAGACCAAAUAAUUAAUCAACUGAUCCAGAACGAUUGCACAGCAACCCACAUACGUUUUUGUCACUUUCUUUUUUUUGUUGUUAGAAAUAAAACACACUUGAUAUGCUACUUUUUAUUUCCAAAUAUCAAGUAUUCAAGAGUUUGUUUUGUAAACACAUGUUUACAACAGAUGCUGACAAUAGAAUUCAUUAAAUGAUGUGUUACACAGCUUUAAAAUUAUUCUAAGCUCUGCUGAGAAAUAAAUAUCAAUUAAAAAUACCCAUACAGGAGCCUAAAGCUGGCAAAACAAACCGCAUAAACCAAUUAGUCUCUUUUUUACCACAGCACAGCACCCACACACUCAUACGGUCAGACAUACUCUAUGCAUUUCUUUAAUACUCUACACAUUUGCUUAAUAAUGAGUUUUUAAAAAACUAAACAGUUACAGGCAGUGUCCCCACUCCUAACAUACUACCCAGGCUGAUGCUGUUCUGCUUAAAUAAUUUGGUAGAGGUAUGCACUGCAACCAUGGGCAAAACUCCAGUUUGCUCAGCUGGGGAAAAAAGCAGGUCUUCUUUAAGGAAAGCCUUCACCCAACCAUGGAAAUCUCAAAAAAAUUUGUAAUUUUGUUGCUGUUUUGAAACUUCCCUCCAUGUUUUCAAAUACGGCAUUUUUUAAAGAGGUAAAAUUUCUGACCAAUCAGUCAGAGGUGUACCUCUUAGUGCUGUUUAGGAUGCAGAGGCCGCCUCUACAUGAGCACCCCAGGCACAAGGACACAAAAUAAUUACCUUUCAGAAUUCAAAACGGAAGGGAAAAAAGUAGUCUGCAAGAUUUUGAAACCAAACACGUCUGUUUUAAACUACAGCUCACUUUAAAGUUGAGCAGAUUUGGCCUUUUUGCAUUCCUAGAGGUAGAAUUUGCUCUUAUUCUACACCUUUAUUUCUGGUAUUCCAUGGAAAAACAUUAAUAUUUCAGAUCUGAAUCCUCAAUUUAAUUCAAAUGCUUACUAAAGUCAUUUUGUUAAGGGGUCCCAGAAUUUAGCCCAGUGUUUCUUGUCAUUACUACAGAAUUUGGUUUUAGCCUCUGCUUAAGCAAAGCCACUAAAUAAAGCAACAUGCUACAGCAGGAUGAAUGCAUCCUACAUGAGAUUUCUGUGGUCUGUAUAGCAUUUACCUUAGCUGUUAGUGCUGGGCCAAAUCCUAUACCACCUCCUGAAAUAUCUUUCCCACAGAAGAGCUAGGUAGGAACUAGCCCACCGGGAAUUACAAACACUGUCUUCACUGGAGCAGUCCAGACUUUAAGAAGAAAAGCACAUGCAGUUUCAUCAUUGACAUGCCUUGAAUAUGUCACUUAAGUCAUACUGAAUACAUCAUAAAAUAUUUCAGUACCUAUUAGCACCAGAG